UGUGAGAGGAAACCACCCUCCAGCUAGCGCCCUGACGCAGCAGCAGCAGCUAACUGCUCAGCGCUCUUCUUGGAUUGAGUCCCUGGCAGAAGCAGCCCUGUCCAUGCCGGAGUCUUCCUCACCACUGCCGCUGCAAGCCACUGUCCCAGCACCAGGGAUGUCCGCUGACGAUGAUACACAGAACACUGGAGCAGCGGAUGUGUGGCCUGAGCUGGAGAAGGCAGAGAAGCUGGCCCGGGGAGCAGCGCUGAAAUGGGCCUCUGGGGUUUUCUACCGACCGGACCAGCUGGAGAGACUGGGCCAGUACCGGAAGCGCGAGAGCCAACGCACUUCCUCCAUACAGUCCCGGCUGAAGUCCGCAGUGCAGUCCUACUUGGAGGGGGUGGGUUCAGGGCUGGAGCAGCUCCGCUUGGCUCUGGCUGACACCCGGGAGGUGUCCUGCACUCUGGGAGAGGUGCGCAGUGAGUGGAGCGGCAAAGCCAGUGGAUUCCAGUCCCUGGAGCAUCUUCGGGAAAUUGCCUCGGAACAUGAGCGACUGGCAGCAGCAUACAACAACCUGCCACACCUCUUCUCUGUGCCAGUCGCGGUCAUGGAGACACGGCGCCUGAUCGAGUCCAGGCAGCUGUUGGAAGCUCAUGCCCAUCUGAUGGAGCUUGAGGGCUGGCAGGAUGACAUCCACAGGCAGCUCCAGCGAACUAGCGGUCCAAGCUCGGAAGGGGCCAGUCUGGUUUUUGAUUACUUUGCCGGAGUGCGCCAGCUGGGGGAAGCCUUCGCAAAGGAGCUCUGGGAAGUGAUUCGCUGUGGACUUGUACUUGUGCGGCAGGACCCUACCCCCUUUGUCUCAGCAGUGCGCAUCAUCGAGCGCGAGGAAAGGAUCGACUGUACACUCCUUGACACCCACGAUGCCAACCCUCGCUUUAUGCCUCCCGGGAGGCCCAAGAACUGGAGGACCAAGUUCUUCCUGGUCAUUGAGGAGGCUAUUGCUGUUCGCUUUCAGGCCACCUACCUGGACAUCAGAGGCCCUGAGCUAGCGAACCACCUGGUCGCCCUGCAGAACAGCAUCAUGAACGACCUCAUCACUGUCAAGUACUUGCUUGAGCAGUGUUGCCCACCCCACUACCACAUUUCCCGAGCCUACAUGCUCAUGUACCACAAGUGCCUCUCUGCUUACCUGCAGCAGGUGGUCAGCUGGGACCUGGAGAGCAGCGAGAUCUUCACUGUCCUCAACUGGGUCCUGCACGUCUACCACAGCCCUGAAAUGAUGGGCCAUCCUGAUCUUUGUUCUGAUGAGGACUUUGAGGAAUUGGGGCCACUUAUAUCCCAGGAUGCACUGGAACAGAUGCAGAAUAAAUACGUCAACACUGUCCGGGCCAGCGUGUCCGAGUGGAUGCAGAAAGCACUGGAGGUGGAACUUUUAGACUGGCAGAGGAACCAGGAGCCAGACUUUGACCAUGAAGGCUUCUACCAGACCAGCCUGCCCACUAUCAUCAUACAGAUGCUGGAGGAGAAUGCGCGUGUUGCCUUGGUGAUCAGUGAGGCUCUGCGAGACCAGAUGAUUGUCAUGGGCCUCUAUGAGUUGGAGACCUUUCUCACCAGGCUUCGUGAAGCUCUGGUGGACUAUGGGAAGGAGUGGCGGAAAGACCAUACAAAUCCCAAGUAUUACCUGCACUACUUGCUGGCUGCAAUCAACAGCUGCAUCUCCUUGAGGGGCGCCAUUGAGAGUCUGCAGCAGCAGCAGAGCACUGCUCCACAGUACAUCAACAGAGCCCCUCCCUGUCCACAGGUAGUGCUAGAGAGGACAACAAAAAGAGCCUGCAGACUGGUCAUUGAUGAGCUGCUCUUUGAGGUUCAGCCGCAGUUCCUGCACUUACUGUCUCGCUCCUGGCUAUCAGACUGUGAGGUGAUUGAUGGGAUCUGCAACUCCGUGGACCAGCAUUUCAGCCACUGCAGGCGUGUCCGGGAGCCCUACUUCCAGUUCCUGGUGGUGGAGAGCCAGUGGGCGCUGGUGGUGGAGUAUGUGCGCACCCUCAUGCAGAAACCAAUGGUCUGCCGCAACUCAGAGGAGAGGAGCCAUCUGUCAGACAGGAUGGCCCAGGAUGCACUGCAGCUUGGGGACCUGUUUCACAGGAUGAGCAGCAGACAAGAUGAUGACCACUGGGCCUGUAGUCAGGGGCCACAGAGCUGUGAAAUGCUGACUGGAGUGCUGUCUGCGCUGGCUGAGUUUAUCCGGAUCAAUGACACCUCCAUGCUGAGUCUGGAAGUGUCUGGACUCAUCACCAAGUACCCUGACAUCAGCGAGGAGCAUGUGUUGGUCCUGCUGGACGUGAGAGGGGACGUCCCAAGAGAGGUGCGUGGGACAGUGCUAGACAUACUGCAGCAGAACACCCAUCCCCUACCGCAAGGGUACCGCCCCAUCUUCAACGACAUCCUUGUCCCUGCUCGCAGCAUGCCAUUCUGCCUGCCCACUGUUAAGUGUGCCUGAGACAGAAGACAGCGAGCACUGGGGGGUGGAGAGGGAGUGAGAAAAAGAAAAAGAUAAUACCCACAAUGUGGUGCCGGUUUACAUUCAAGACAUCAAGCUAUGAAACAUAUAGCAGAGGGAGGGGGUGCUGCAGGAUAGCAGAUUCUCAGAGCUAUUUACUUCAAAUUGUCAUUAGCAUUUUUUUAUUUUUUUCAAAAAUGUAUAUAGUGUUUUUUUCCCUUUUAAACAAAAAUUGUAUGAAUAAUAAUUUUGAGUAAAUAGCUUUGAGAAUCCAGCCCAUUGUAGUGAGGUUAGAAGUUAAAUUAAUGGAUAGUUGUUGGUCCUACUGAGCAUAAGAAAUAUGCAAUGUGAAAGCCUGACCAAGCCCUGAAGUCUUCAUGUCCCCCUCUGCCCAUGCUCCUGACACUCACUUUCACAAAGUAAGUGCAGUAGUUUUUUCAAGAGAAAUGGCCCCGCUGUUCAGUGGAAUCAGCGUUAUUUAUUUUAAUUCCUGUGACUUGAAUCAGGAACCCUGAAUGUGUUUUGAAUGAAAUUAAUACUUCAUGCUGUA